GUGUCAAUUAUUCCGAUCGCCUGACGCUGGCUUAAAGCUGUCUUCGACAACAUCACCUCUGCAGGUCGAGCCGAGGAAUAAUAUUCCGCGAGCAGCAGCAGCAGCAUCAUCAUCAUCAGCAGCAUCAUCAUCAUCAUCAGCAGCAGCAGGAGCAGCAGCAGCGGCGGCGGGCGCAGGAGCGACCGCAGCCCGGGCCCGGAGCCGCACUCCCCCGCGCUGUCGGUGAGCCGUGAGCAUGCCACCGCUCCGGCCUCCUCGCCCCAGCCUCACUACCGACACUCGUUCGUCGCCAGCAAGAUGUAUUUCAACCGGAGAGGCAAGAAGAUACACAGUGAGGGAGAGCAGUUAGGGUUGACCACCAUUAGGCAGGAAGCUUCUGAACUGCAGGACCCAGGCCAGGGCGCCGGCGCUGCCAUGCGCGCCCGCCUCGCAGACAGGUUUGACAAAACCUCGCCUCUCUCCCAUCAAUCCAACGGUGCAGGACCCGCUUGCUCGUCCGCCGGUUACCGCAAGGCAGACGAUGAGAUGUCCGGGACCACUUCCCAGGCGGAUCCCGUAGACGCCACGGCGCGCACGGUGCUGCUCAACCGGCCACAGACCACCAAGUUCUGCGACAACCAUGUCAGCACCACCAAGUAUGGGGUCCUCACCUUUCUGCCCCGGUUCCUCUACGAGCAGAUCCGAAGGGCUGCCAACGCCUUCUUCCUGUUCAUCGCGCUCAUGCAGCAAAUCCCCGAUGUGUCACCGACCGGUCGCUACACAACGCUGGUCCCGCUCAUCUUCAUCCUCACCGUGGCCGGGAUCAAAGAGAUCAUAGAGGACUAUAAAAGACACAAAGCAGACAACACAGUCAACAAGAAGAAUACAACAGUGCUGCGGAACGGAGCCUGGCAGACAGUCAUCUGGAAACAGGUGGCAGUAGGAGACAUAGUGAAGGUGACCAAUGGCCAGCACCUUCCAGCUGACAUGGUCAUUGUGUCCUCCAGUGAGCCGCAGGCCAUGUGUUACACCGAGACCUCAAACCUGGAUGGAGAAACCAACCUGAAGAUCAGACAGGGUCUCCCGCUCACAGCUGGUAAACAGACGCUGGAGGAUUUGAUGGCGCUGUCUGGCCGUUUGGAGUGUGAAGGCCCCAACCGACACCUGUACGACUUCACCGGGACACUGCGGCUGGAGAACCAGAAUCCAGCUCCCCUGGGCCCAGACCAGGUGUUGCUCCGUGGCGCCCAGCUCAGGAACACUCAGUGGGUUGUGGGAAUAGUUGUCUACACUGGCCACGACUCCAAACUGAUGCAGAACUCCACCAAGGCGCCACUGAAGCGCUCUAAUGUUGAGCGGGUGACCAACAUGCAGAUCCUGGUCCUGUUCUGCAUACUGCUGGUCAUGGCUCUAAUCAGUUCUGUCGGCGCUGCCAUCUGGAACAGGGAACACACUGAAGAUGCCUGCUGGUACCUGUCCCGGGCCGGUGACAUCUCCACGAACUUUGCUUACAACCUUCUGACGUUCAUCAUCCUCUACAACAACCUGAUUCCCAUUAGCCUGCUGGUCACCCUGGAGGUGGUCAAGUUCACGCAGGCCCUCUUCAUCAACUGGGACAUGGAGAUGUACUACGCAGAGACGGACACACCGGCCGUGGCUCGGACAUCCAAUCUCAAUGAGGAACUGGGCCAGGUGAAGUAUCUCUUUUCUGACAAGACGGGAACUUUGACCUGUAACGUCAUGCACUUCAAGAAGUGUACCAUUGCUGGAAUAACAUAUGGCCACUUCCCUGAUCUCGACUGCGAUCGCUCGAUGGAGGACUUCAGCAAUCUGCCGUCCAACAGCAACAACUCCACAGAGUUUGACGACCCCACCCUCAUUCAAAACAUUGAGACGAACCAUCCUACAUCACCUCAGAUCUGCGAGUUCCUGACAAUGAUGGCAGUGUGUCACACGGUGGUCCCAGAGCGAGAGGACAACCAGCUCAUCUACCAGGCCUCUUCGCCAGAUGAAGGCGCUCUGGUCAAAGGGGCCAAAGGCCUCGGCUUUGUGUUCACUGCGAGGACCCCGGAUUCAGUCAUCAUUGAAGCUAGAGAAAAAGAGAUGAGCUAUGUGCUGCUGAAUGUCUUGGAGUUUUCAAGUAACCGCAAACGAAUGUCUGUGGUGGUCCGGACCCCCAACGGGAAGCUACGGCUCUACUGCAAAGGAGCCGAUAAUGUCAUCUUUGAACGUCUGACUGAGGCGUCCCAGUACAAAGAAUUAACUAUUGCUCAUCUGGAACAGUUUGCCACUGAAGGCCUGAGGACCCUGUGUUUCGCCUAUGUGGACCUGGAGGAAGGCGCCUACCAGGAGUGGCUGAAGGAAUACAAUCGGGUCAGCACCGUGCUCAAGGACCGCGCUCAGAAGCUGGAGGAGUGUUACGAACUACUGGAAAAGAACCUACUGCUGCUGGGCGCCACAGCCAUAGAGGACCGUCUCCAGGCUGGCGUGCCAGAGACCAUCGCCACUCUGAUGAGGGCUGACAUUAAGAUCUGGGUCCUCACGGGUGACAAGCAGGAGACCGCCAUCAACAUAGGUUACUCCUGUCGCCUGGUGACACACGGCAUGUCCCUCAUCAUCGUCAACGAGGACUCUCUGGAUGCUACCCGCGCCACGCUGACUGCUCACUGUUCUUCGCUGGGUGACUCUCUGAGGAAGGAGAACGAGCUGGCGCUGAUCAUCGACGGUCAAACGCUGAAGUACGCGCUGUCUUUCGAGCUCCGCCAGGUCUUCCUCGACUUGGCGCUGUCCUGCAAGGCUGUCAUCUGCUGCCGGGUGUCUCCGCUGCAGAAGUCGGAGAUCGUGGACAUGGUGAAGAAGCACGUGAAAGCCAUCACGCUGGCGAUAGGCGACGGUGCCAACGACGUGGGUAUGAUACAGACGGCACACGUCGGCGUGGGGAUCAGCGGCAACGAGGGCAUGCAGGCCACAAACUCCUCCGACUACUCCAUUGCACAGUUCUCCUACCUCGAGAAACUGCUCUUGGUCCACGGGGCGUGGAGCUACAACCGCGUCACCAAGUGCAUCCUGUACUGUUUCUAUAAGAAUGUGGUCCUCUACAUUAUCGAGCUCUGGUUCGCCUUUGUGAACGGCUUCUCUGGGCAGAUCCUGUUUGAGCGCUGGUGCAUAGGCCUCUACAAUGUGAUAUUUACUGCACUGCCCCCGUUCACUUUGGGGAUAUUUGACCGGCCGUGCAGCCAGCAGAACAUGCUCCGAUUCCCACAACUCUACCGUAUCACCCAGAAUGCCGAGGGCUUCAACACCAAGGUGUUUUGGGGACACUGUAUCAACGCACUGAUUCAUUCAAUUAUUCUCUUUUGGUUUCCACUCAAAAUGCUGGAGCACGACUCCCCCUUCCCGAACGGUCAGGGAAACGACUACCUGUUCGUAGGAAACAUGGUCUACACGUAUGUGGUAGUCACAGUGUGUCUGAAAGCUGGAAUGGAAACCACCGCUUGGACCAGGUUUUCCCACCUGGCAGUCUGGGGGAGCAUUGCGCUCUGGAUGGUCUUCUUCGCCGUCUACUCAGCCAUCUGGCCCACCAUCCCCAUCGCCCCUGACAUGCUGGGCCAGGCUGGCAGGGUGAUGCAGUGCUGGCACUUCUGGCUGGGCCUGGUCCUGGUGCCCGCUGCGUGUUUACUCAAAGACUUCGCCUGGACUGCCACACGUCGCACCGUGAGGAAGUCUCUUCUUGAGGAGGUGCAGGAGUUGGAGGCCCGGGCCGUCGACCCAGGAGCAGCUGUACUGAGGGACGCCAGCGGCCGCAGUCUGAACGAACGAGCCCAUCUGCUGACAAGAGUCUUUAGGAAAACACCUUCAAGUGUAGGACGCUCAAACUCGGUGCAGCAGACUGUGUCACAUGGCUACGCCUUCUCUCAGGAGGAGCACGGUGUGGUGUCCCAGUCCCAGGUAGUGCGCUCCUACGACACCACCCGCCUGCGCCCCAGCCUCUAGUCCCACCCCUGGCCAAGACCUUUGGCUCACCGUAGCAACGGUUAUCGAGGUGACAGCAGAGACAGACUUGAGUGACACCCUCACGCUGGGUGAUCGACACCCCUGCUGUGGCCUUACUGGAACUAUGACCCGACCCCUCGCCAGGGGUGGGGGUCGCGGUCGGGCGUGGAGACUGCUGCUGGCGCUCGGAGGACUGACUUGGGAGAGGGGACCGGGCCGAAAUAUACAGAAUAAACUUUUAACAAGCUGCACAGGCAUGAGCAAUCAUAUCCAUGCACAGACAUGACGAGUCAAACUCAGACUGCUACUCAUCCCUGUAUACUCAGACUGGGGUUUGGAUCAUGCCACUGUGUGUUAAUGUGUGUGUUUGUGUGUGCGCAAUCUACUGCGUUUGUAUCUGCCUGUGCAUGUAUGUUCGAACGCAUUGGCACACCUGUGAGUGCAUGUGUGUGUGUGUGUCCGUCAGUGUGUGUGUGUGUGUGGGCGUGUGUUAGCUUCUACUGUUCCCUAUCAUCUCGCUCGUGAGGUUGAUUCAGCUCGUCCCCGCUGCCACAUGCCGACGCGGAAGGGGGAGGGACAUCAAAAUAAACAGACACACACGUAAACGCAAAUGAAUUCCUCAUAAGGGGAGGGAGAGAAGCAUAGGACCACCGGAGCCCUGCACCCACAUCGUCCCGUUACACCCACAAGCCUCACUGCCAAACGCCACAGAGAUGCCACUGGGCAGACCAGCCAACCCGCACGCAAUUUUUCGUACCAAUCACGCAUUUUUGACAUCAAAUUAGGCGAAAGUACAAUUUGUCAUUGUAAAUUACGCAAUGAAGCUGGUUACUCCUGCGAAUUUAAUCAUAACGUCUCCGGUUCAAUUAUGCACGUGCAGUACUCAAUUCUAAAGGUGCGUUCACGUUAUUCGUGCGAGUAGAUUAAUACAAAGUCAACGCAAAUACGUGAUUAGUCACAUUUCGCGUCGCUGAUAUUUGACACUGACAUUUGCAGGAAUCCAGUUCACUAUUUAUGUUAGUUUUAAAGUUAACUGUUCUUUGCUGUUAUUGUCUUUUUUUGCAAAAAAUAGUAUUUUAAAAAGAAGCUACUUUUCCCCCUUUUUGUGUAAUAGUAUGUGGGUGGGGGUCAUCAGUGUCCAUACGACACAUAAAUUGUGAGGAUGGAUUUGGUGGUGAUCAUCAUUCAUAUCCAUACAACCUUUGCGUUUAUGGUUAAGUUCUUUACUACUGCACACAACUGUUUGUAAGAGUAAAAAAAGUUCUUCAUAGAUCUAGCCUCCUAAAUUGCUAUCAAAGUUCACCAGAUAGAUGGAUUUAACUUUGAAAGGUACAACAUUUUCUCACGGGGGAGCCUGACCGCUGACCCCCCCUACAUGGUCUGACGUCCACCCCCCAUAGACUCUAAAUAUUCCCAAAGAUAGGGACAUCAUAGUGAAAUCAGUGCGAAAGUGAUUUAGGCAUGUAAAUGUGGUACCCAAGAUUUGCAGGUCUGCACCGAGGCGGAACGCACACCUCAAACUGGACCCUAAACCCUUCCUUACCCCACAGGGACCUCCUCCUGCUUAUCUCCCUUCAUACAUUUCCUCCUAUCUCUCCAUCUCCUAGCUGCUCGGCAGCUUCCCCUUCUCUCCUCCUCCUCUGCUGCCCCAUCUCCUCGCCCUAGCCAGUUAAGGAAAAAACCGACUAAAAAUUCCAACUUGUCUCUCCUGUGUUUAAAUCUGACCGCUCCUGUGAUUCCCGAUGCUGUCCGUCUAGCAUCGUCAGCUGACAGACUCAGCGAGCCUGGCAUUAGCGCUUCCUCCUUCAGUUAUGUUGGAUUCUCUUUACUGGACUGUUCCCAUUCUUUUUCUAUUAUUAAAGUCAACAUUAAUCUGUA